CCGCCGGGAAGAUUCAUGGAGGAAAGGAGCAGCACAGAAUCCAGCCUGGAAUUGGUCUCAACCUUCCAACGUUUCUGUUGAACCUUUGGAGAAAGAAAAGAAGAAGUCUUUGAAAAUAAAGGAGGUGAUACGCGAGGAAGGAGAAGCGCCGGAUAAUCACGGCCCUUUCGCGGCUCCUCAAGAGCGAGAGAGAGAGAGAGAGAGAGGAGGCUCUCCACGGGCACGUGGCGGAGACACCGGAGUCAUGUUUGCACACACAAACACCCACAUACAAACACCCACAUACAAACACAUACAAACACCCACAUACAAACACCCACAUAUAAAUACUCACAAACACCCACAUACAAACACAUACAAACACCCACAUACAAACACCCACAAACACCCACAUACAAACACCCACAUACAAACACACACAAACACCCACAUACAAACACCCACAUAUAAAUACUCACAAACACCCACAUACAAACACAUACAAACACCCACAUACAAACACCCACAAACACCCACAUACAAACACAUACGAAAACCCACAUACAAACACACACAAACACACACAAACACCCACAUACAAACACCCACAUAUAAAUACUCACAAACACCCACAUACAAACACAUACAAACACCCACAUACAAACACCCACAAACACCCACAUACAAACACAUACGAAAACCCACAUACAAACACACACAAACACAUACAAACACCCACAUACAAACAAACACGAAACAUACAAACACACACAUACAAACACACACAUACAAACACCCACAAACACAUACAAACACCCACAUACAAACAAACACGAAACAUACAAACACCCACAUACAAACACACACAUACAAACACCCACAAACACCCACAUACAAACACAUACAAAAACCCACAUACAAACACACACAAACACAUACAAACACCCACAUACAAACACGAAACAUACAAACACCCACAUACAAACACACACAUACAAACACACACAAACACAUACAAACACCCACAUACAAACACACACAAACACAUACAAACACCCACAUACAAACACGAAACAUACAAACACCCACAUACAAACACCCACAUACAAACACACACAAACACAUACAAACACCCACAUACAAACACACACAAACACAUACAAACACCCACAUACAAACACGAAACAUACAAACACCCACAUACAAACACCCACAUGGAAACACCCACAAACACAUACAAACACCCACAUACAAACACACACAAACACAUACAAACACCCACAUACAAACACCCACACACAAACACAUACAAACACCCACAAACACCCACAUACAAACCACACAAACACAAACACCCACAUACAAACAAACACACACAAACACCCACAUACAAACAAACAAAAACACAUACAAACACCCACAUACAAACACAUACAAACAAACACCCACAUACAAACACACACAAACACAUACAAACACCCACAACAGGCAACUGGCUCCAUUCCUUUAAAGCAAACCAGGCCUUGUUUGAUCCAUCUCUGCCAAAACAUUGUUUUGUUUUUUUUUGGAGGGACUACAAAACCCAGCAUCCACUACAGAGACUUCUUCCUUCCUUUCCUUCCUUCAUUCCAUCCACACAUCUAUUAUUAUUAAAAGGACACAUAAGCACAUGUACAUUGAAGAAGUUGAGAAUAAUGAUUUGAUCAGAGUUGGACACUUUUAUCUUAAAUUUGAGCUUUAUGUAAAUAUUCAAAAACAUUUAACCUACUGAUAUCUCAAUUCAUGUAAUUUUAUCGGUAUCUCGGCUUAUACUUGAGUCAAUUAUUUUCGUGGUAAAAUUAGAUGCCUCGGCUUAUAUUCGGGUCAGCUUAUAUUCGAAUAUAUACGGUAUUUGUUCUGCCUCUGUGCUUUCUCUAUUACGGCAUUCUAUGGUUUCUAGACAUGUCCAAAAAAUCGUUUUGAAUCGUAUAUCGGAA